GCAGAAUGCAGAGCCACCCACUCUUCGCCUUGUCUUUCAGAGUGAGAAUAGACGGAGGCGUCCUUUCGGCCUCCGUUUACCCGUACUAGUUAUUCGUACUUCAGAGCACCCACAACUUACGUGGACGCGAUAUUAGAUCGAAAGCCACAGCUUUCCCUGUAUACGCACCACCUACAAUGACGACGGCGGUAGAGGAACAAGAGGCGUUCAUGUGUGUAACCGCUAUGCGACGUAAGGCAGAAGAGGACAUCCUUCGUCGCAGAGAAAUCGUCUGGGAGGAGCUGCAUGCUAUAGCGGCACAGAGUCGUGUUCUCAAUGACCUCCUCCCGGUAUCCAAGCUCCUUCCAGAGGUUCUCGCAAACAUCUUUAUGUAUUUCGCUCCAGACCCUUUGACAUACGUAUACAAGGCAUGGAGUCCAUACAGUUGGAUUGCUGUCACGCACGUCUGUUAUCGAUGGCGAGCCGUUGCGUUAAACACAUCACAGUUAUGGAGCUUUGUAUAUUUAGGUGCUCCCGACCGUGUUGGAGAAUUCCUUGCACGGUCUGGUCAGACACCUUUAUGUAUAAAACCUUGGCCUCACGCCGAAAGCUCAUGGGGUUGGACAUUCAGUCAACGACGACUCCGCAUACUGCCUUCUGUCAGUGUUGCCUCUCUGACGCUGAUCUUGGCUGAGCUCUCCCGCAUACGGGAGCUGUCAUUAGCACUAUCUAAUAACCUCCUCGAGCGUGCCUUCGAGAGCUGCAGCGCAGAAGCAUUGACUCCCGCUCUACGCACGCUCAAGUUGACCAGCAGCGUGCAAUACUUAUAACCUCCCAGUAUCUUGGAUAGUUGCACCUUUCCAGUGUUGACAAGAGUGGAACUG